AUGCAGCACCCUCAAAGGAGAUCGAAACAAACAGGAACUGAGUUCUGUUCCACUAGGAUAGUAGUUCCUGCUACUGGAGCGUUCAAGAGCAACUACAACUUAAAGCUCAUCUACGAUUUUGCCGACAAAUUUGGUGCUGGUGUUGGAGCAUCUAGAGCUGCUGUGGACUCUGGUUAUGUUCAUAGUGACACGCAGGUCGGACAAACUGAAACGAUUAUUGCACCGGCACGUGAACUGUAUAUCGCUAUUGGUAUCUCUGGUGACAACAUUUGGCUGAAAUCAAGGACAGGAAGCAGCUUGUGA